CUCGCUGGCUUUGGCAUCAGAUUGCAUUGCACCGCGCCGACAAAAGCUAUUCUUUCUGCUGCAGCAGCUGCUGCAUCACAUCGAAGCAACCGCGGGCACACACGCCAGGACACCACCCCACAAGUUGCAGCAGCGUCAUGACCAUCGCCAGCGGCACGGGCGCCUUGCUGGAGGCCGGUGGAGCGGCCGCUGCGACUCAUUGCAACGGCGAUCUUCCUGCGGUGCCUCCUCCUGCUGCAACGACGAACGGGCAUGUCAAUGGCAACAGCAGUGGCCAUCAAGACCAACCACGGCCGCUCGACGCAAGCAGGCUGACGAUCACCCGUCAUCCCAACCCAUCGCCGCCCAACUUUGAGAACAUGGUCUUCGGCCACCGCUUCUCGCCGCACAUGCUUGUCGUUGACUGGACCGCCUCCGAGGGCUGGGCAGAUCCAAAGAUCAUGCCGUAUGGCGAGAUGAGCAUCUCUCCCGCCGCGCCUGCGUUCCACUAUGCUUCGGGCCUCUUCGAGGGUAUGAAGGCCUACCGCUCCGCGCACCAGGAGGACAACUCGCAAGAGCAGCAGGACAUUCUGCUCUUCCGCCCUGACAUGAACAUGGCUCGAAUGAACCGCAGUGCAGCGAGGGCCGGCUUGCCGACCUUUGACGCGGAUGAGAUGAUCAAGCUGCUCAAGGCGCUCGUCCGUCUCGACGCCGAUUACGUGCCCGCCAGCGAGGGACAAACGCUGUACCUCCGACCAACACUCAUCGGGACCACACCCGCGAUAGGCAUGGCUCCGCCCCGCGAUGCGAGACUCUUCUGCAUCUGCAGCCCCAGCGGCCCGUACUUUUCUGCGGACUUCAAGCCCGUCUCUUUGUUUGCACGUGCAGAUGUCGUACGAGCAUGGACUGGGGGAACAGGCAGCUACAAGCUCGCCGCCAACUACGCUCCUGCAACCGUUCCAGCGGCGGAAGCAGCCAAGCAGGGCUACCAACAGGUGCUCUGGCUCUUCGGUGACAAGCUGGAGCUUACCGAGGUCGGUGCGAUGAACUUUUUGCUCGUUUUCCGCAAACCUGACGUCAUCGAGAUCGCCACCGCCCCACUCGACGACGGCUACAUCCUGCCGGGCGUGACUCGUGAUUCGAUCCUGACGCUCCUGCGCAUGCAUAUCACAGGGCAGCUGACGAUCACAGGGCUGCCACCAGCUGACAAGCUGCUCGUCUCGGAGCGCAAAGUGUUUAUGCACGAAGUGAUUGAGGCUUCGCGCACUGGCUCGAUCGUUGAGGCGUUCGGCGCGGGGACAGCAGCGAUCAUCGCGCCGGUCGACCGCAUCGGGUUUGAAGGGAAGGACUACAGCAUCCCCGUCGGCAAGAACGGGUUCGGGGACAUUGCGUGGACGCUGCUCCGUGAGCUCAUCGGAAGACAGACCGGCGCAAUUGAACACAAGGGAUGGAGCGUGGUGUGCUAG